CGAAUAAAAGAAUAACCUUAUCCUGGACAACCUUAUCCCUAAAAUCUCACCGGAACUCCAAUUCCCGUUCACCGGAGCUUUCUGUAUAGAAGAAGGAGAAAUUACAUAAUGAGCACACUUAGUAGAAACGAGAGAUUAAGAACAGUGUGGACACCUGAAAUGGAUCAGUAUUUCAUCGAGCUCAUGGUGGAACAAGUGAGGAAAGGCAACAGAUUCGAAGAUCAUUUGUUUAGUAAACGAGCUUGGAAGUUCAUGUCUUGUUCCUUCACUGCCAAGUUCAAGUUUCCUUAUGGUAAAGAUGUUUUGAAAAACAGGCAUAAGACAUUGAGGAACUUGUUUAAAUCUGUGAAUAAUCUUUUGGGAGAAGAUGGUUUUAGUUGGGAUGAAACUAGACAGAUGGUGGUUGCCGAUAACUGCGUUUGGGAUGAGUAUCUUAAGAUUCAUCCUGAUUCGAGAUCUUUUCGGAUAAAGCCGAUACCUUAUUACAAAGAUCUGUGCUUGAUUUACUCAGAUGGAAUGUCUGAGCACAAAGUAUAUGAUUCAGCUGAGGAGAAUAUUACUGAGGGAGAAACCAAGACACUGAUUCAGGAAGAUGAUGGUUACAACAGAGUAUGUGAGUCGUCAACAGUCAUGUCUAACUCAAAAGGAAGCAGUGUCACACGGUGCAGGACUACUUGGCAUCCUCCAAUGGACCGGUAUUUCAUUGAUCUGAUGCUAGACCAAGCGAGGAGAGGAAAUCAGAUUGAAGGUGUUUUUCGGAAACAAGCAUGGACUGAGAUGGUUAAUCUCUUCAAUGCGAAAUUCGAGUCUAACUUUGAUGUUGAUGUGUUGAAGAACCGGUAUAAGUCUCUGAGAAGGCAGUUCAACGCGAUCAAGAGUAUUCUUCGAUCCGAUGGGUUUGCUUGGGAUAAUGAGCGUCAAAUGGUUACAGCUGAUUAUAAUGUAUGGCAAGACUAUAUAAAGGCUCAUAGAGAUGCAAGGCAAUUUAUGACUCGGCCAAUUCCAUACUAUAAAGAUCUGUGUGUGCUCUGUGGCGAUUCUGGAAUCGAAGAAAACGACUGCUUUGUAGCUAUGGAUUGGUUUGACCCUGGAACUGAAUUCCAAGAAUUCAAGUCCAGUGGGACUACAGAUUUGUCUAUUUCAGCUGAGGAAGAAGAUAGCAACUCUCUUUUGUUUGACCCCAAGAACAAAAGAGAUCAACUUGCUAAUACUGAUACAAGCCCUGUAAACCCAAAGAAGCCUCGAGUUGAUGAAACCCAAACCAUGGCAAUAGAGGAAACGGUUGAGGCUAUUCAAGCGUUACCAGACAUGGACGAUGAACUUAUAUUAGAUGCUUGUGAUCUGCUUGAAGAUGAACUCAAAGCGAAAACUUUCUUGGCUCUAGAUGUGAAACUACGCAAGAAGUGGUUGUUAAGGAAACUCCGACCUCAAGUAACUUAAGGAUUAUGAGCAAAGUAGAAGUUUGAAGAUAAACAGAAGCUCAUUGGCUUAUAUUAUAGACUACUCUAGUGUACUUUGCCAGAGUUUCAUAUACAAAUACUUAACUAAGAGCAACAAAGAUUCAAACAAUGUAUCACAUCUUCUCUUAUUCUUACUCAGAAGUUGGAAA